AGAUGAGGGUCGUGCUUCGGUGCCACUUAUCAUUAGCUAUGGCCACAGUUACGGACUGGACCGAGGCGCAAGCAUCAACUUAAUUUUUUUAACGAUAUUUUCGCCGUUUACUCUGCGUGGAGGUUAUGUUCGCUCGUUCAUGCGUGGCGAGGCGACUGUUACUGCGUGGCAGGGUGGCAGCAAGAGUCUCCUGGCUGGGUCCUGCAGCUUGUCGCAGCUGAAGAAAAUAGAACCAGUUGCCAACCAAGCCUUCGGCGGCGGCGGCACCCCCCUCUCCCUCGCUCUCUACCCGCAAGCCUUCGCCUGGUGCCUCGCUGUCAUGGAAUAGUGACUAACCUGCUUGGAUUUGUUCUUUCCCCGGAGGUGAAUGGUAAAACAUUGCUUGGGUGGCUAACAGCAACUAGCUGCAUUACCCCAACUCAUGCGACGACAGCUGUCAUUGGAGAAAGGAAAGUGAUCCCCCCCUUCUUCCUCCUCCUCGGUCCUCCCAAAUGCAAGGGAAGCGGGGUGCUUCUGUCGGAUUUACAACAGGCUUCACCCCCUCCAUCAAAUGGGCAAAGUUGGGAAUAAGCUCGCAGCGUUGGAGUACCAUGAUGCGUUUUUGAGAGCUGCGCUUUCACCGGAGAGAGGCUAGCUAGCUUGAUUAGCUCGCUAGCUAGCUAGCUAGCUAGCUGGUUGAUUAAAACAACCCUUGACGUUUCAUCCCCUCCAGUGUUCUGGACAUGAAGAGGAUCAUUCAUUACUCUUAGGGCUGGAAGAAUGUCAUCAGAGGAAAAGACUGUGGAACCCUCUGACCAGGGACCCUCCAGCUGUGCAGGGGCCACAUCCACAGGGAGUCCGGCUCAUGCCGACAAGCGACCACGUGGCAGGCCACGCAAGGAUGCUGCUGGUGCUGCUGCCUGCCUACUACAGGCGCAACCCUCAGCCUCCUCCAAGAACAGAAAAAAGGGUCGCACCAGAGGUAGGGCUAUCGUGGACGAGGAGGACAGCAUGGAUGGAACCGAGAUAACAGAGUCCAUUGGCCCUCUGGACACAGAAACAGAAAUCCAACCAGAAGAGACUGUGGAAGUGCUGACUAGUGAUGUGCCAGAAGAGGACACGCCCUCUCCUCCUCCUCCUCGUUCGGCCCACAGCCCUCCAGCCGACAACUUAGCGCGGCCGUCUGUCCCAGCAAGUAGAGGAGUCAAAAACAGUGACCAUCUUUGUGCCUUCUGUUACUGCGGGAGUCGAAGCCUGUUGGGUCAGGGGGAACUGCACGCGUUCAGCACCACACUGCCACUCAUCAGACGCAAAGAUGGAGACGACCCCACGAGCGAUCGUAGCGACGGCGAAUCAACCACUGAGCCAAACACGGCUGGAGUGACCACCUCAGGACAACGGGAAAUUACUAACGGGUCUGAAAAGGGCGAAGGAGAUCCAGACACGAGUCGAUUUUGGGAUGAGCUUUCUCAUGUCGGCCUUCCACACGAUCUUAACGUCCAGUCUCUCUUUGAGUCAGGGCAAUGCUGGGCACAUCAGAGUUGUGCCUCAUGGUCCGAAGGUGUUUGCGAGGGCGAGGGCGAGGGCGAGGGACAAUCUCUGCUUAAUGUGGACAGAGCCAUUGACUCAGGGAGCACAAAGCACUGUGCAUACUGUAAGCGCCUUGGAGCAUCCAUUAAGUGUUGUGCUGAAGGAUGUACUCAAUUCUACCAUUACCCCUGUGCGGGGGCAGCAGGGGCCUUUCAGGAUACCAGGAGUCUCUUGCUCCUCUGCCCAGAACACAUUGAUUUGGCCGUACAUAAAUUUGAUGACGACGUAAAUUGUGCGCUGUGCGACAGCCCAGGGGAUCUACUCGACCAACUGUUCUGCACCAGUUGUGGGCUGCAUUACCAUGGAAUGUGUCUGGAUAUGGCCGUGACCCCUCUGAGGAGGGCAGGGUGGCAGUGCCCUGAGUGCAAAGUCUGCCAGACGUGCAAGAACCCAGGAGAGGACACUAAAAUGCUUGUAUGUGACAUGUGUGACAAAGGCUACCAUACGUUCUGUCUGCAACCUGCAAUGGACGUGCUUCCCACAAAUGGCUGGAGAUGUAAGAACUGCAGAGUAUGCAUCCAGUGUGGAACUCGAACCAGUGGACUGUGGCACCACAACAGCUUGCUGUGUGAGAACUGUGUCCAAAACCAGGACCCCGCUCUGAGCUGCCCUGUGUGCGCCUGCAUCCUGGACCCUGAGCAUCAUAAAGACCUAGUCCACUGCCACACCUGUAAGAGAUGGCUACACCUCGAGUGUGAGCGUCACAACUCAGGCCAAGCAGAAAUCCACCCCAGAGAGGACUUUGUUUGUACCAACUGCAGGUCUCCCACUGCAGAGCAUGCGUCCCAAGCAGAGAAUAUGGACACUGGCCGAGAGCUUAGCCCUUCGCCAGUCUUGACGCACACAGACUCUGAGACUGGCCCACAGCUGCCUGAAAAGUACACGGACCAAGAACCUGGCAGUUGGAUGCCUCCUGAAAUGCACAAUGACCCCAAACCGGAAUUACUUGCUGCUCCGUUGCACUCGGAUCCAGAGCCUGUUGAGGAUACCGUCCAGGAAGAGAAGCUUUCCUCGUCAGCCCAAGAGCCUGAAAUCCAUCCAGCGCGAAGAACCCAGGUCAUAUUGGCGGACUGUUCCAUGGAUUCAGUGGUUCUAAGUCAGGAGUCUCGACUUCCUAUACAGACACAACUGAAACAGGAAAUCACUUUACAAACAAAGCCAGCAAAUACAGAGACCUCCUCCAAGCAGGGCAUGGUCACCCCCAGCACAAAGGAUUAUAAGGCCAUCAUCUCAACCACCAAAGAAUCAAGUACUUUAUCAGUUCCGCUCACGGACCAAUCAAUGGAAGUCUCACUGUCCCAGCCUCUGUGUCUGGAUGUAGCCAUGGCUUCUUUUUUGGAAAGUACUCCAAAAGACCUUAAGGACAGGAGGGGGGUCAGUUUUCAUCAGUCCUCAGUGCAGCUUGGCCGUGCGUCAGAGAACAAGCUACAUCUUUCAUUUCCCACCCUAUCCGUGGAGGAGAAACCACUCAAGACAACUGUAGAGCAGUUGGCAGAGAUGGUUAUAGCUCCUUGCCAUUCUUUUUCAGUGCCCCGAGGCAUAGCGUCUCGGGAAACACCUAUGACGUUUGGCGACCACGGCAUUUUAAUACCCACCACCACCCUAAUACCACUUACCCCGAAGAUUGGAAUGGGAAAGCCAGCCAUCACCAAGAGGAAGUUCUCUCCUGGGAGGCCACGAGUCAAACAGGGUGCAUGGAGCCCCCAUAGCAGUGUGAGUUCCACCUUGUCCUGGUCCCCAGACCAGCCAGACGGGUGGGAUGUCCCAAAGACCAGGCACUACCCUGGCAGCCCCGGCUGGAGCAUCAGAGUGGGUCGAGGCUCAGGCUUCCCGGGAAGGCGGAGGCCAAGAGGGGCCGGCUUGUCGGGUCGAGCUGGACGCGGCAGGGCCAGGGGCAAGAGUGGAGUUUGUCCGAGCAUCAUUAGCCCUGGGAUCACCACAAUAGAAACGCCGUACCCAAUCAAGGAGGAUGAGGAGAACGCCAUGCACAAUACAGUUGUCAUAUUUUCCAGCAAUGACAGUUUCACACUCAAGCAGGACAUGUGCGUGGUGUGUGGGAGUUUUGGCCUUGGUGCAGAAGGCCGCCUUUUAGCCUGUGCUCAGUGUGGCCAGUGCUAUCAUCCGUUUUGUGUAGGCAUAAAGAUCACCAAAGUGGUCCUCAGUAAAGGCUGGCGUUGUCUGGAGUGCACAGUGUGUGAGGCCUGCGGCCAGGCCACCGACCCUGGCCGCUUGCUGUUGUGUGACGACUGCGACAUCAGUUAUCACACCUACUGCCUGGACCCGCCUUUGCAGAACGUACCAAAAGACAGCUGGAAGUGCAAAUGGUGUGUGUCGUGUACGCAGUGUGGCGCCACCACUCCCGGUCUGAGGUGUGAGUGGCAGAAUAAUUACACCCAGUGUGCUCCCUGUGCCAGCCUGUCAGCAUGCCCUGUUUGCCAAGUCCUCUACAGUGAGGGUACCAUCAUUGUCCAGUGCAGACAAUGUGACAGGUGGUUUCAUGCUUCUUGUCAAGGUCUGCAUUCAGAGGAAGAUGUUGAGAGAGCUGCAGACAACUGCUUUGAUUGCACAAUGUGCCAAAACUUCAACACCACAAAAGUUGUGACUAAAAGCAGAGACACCAUUGAGCCGGCUGUCAUGACACAGAUUGUCACCAAAGCAAGAGAAAUGGAUCUGUCCAGGACCUACACACAGGAUGGUGUUUGUUUGACCGAGUCGGGACUUUGUCAGCUGCAGAGCCUGUCUGCCACCGCAUCGCGUCGCAGGAAACCCAAGCCCAAGCUAAAGCUAAAGAUCAUCAACCAGAACAGUGUGGCAGUCCUUCAGGCACCCUCAGACCUGCUCUCAGAGCAUUCUCGUGACGAGGACAUAGAAGACAACAGAGCGGAGACAGAGCUCCUAGAUUGCGAGGGGAAGUCUGACUCCAGCCCGGAGCGCGAGCCCGCAGAGGACGACUCCAAGGGGGUCGACAGCAGCAAGAAGAGGAAGAGGAAACCGUACCGGCCGGGCAUUGGUGGGUUCAUGGUCCGCCAGAGAAGCCGCCCAGGUCAAGGCCCAGGCAAGGCUAAACGAACCCUGUGCAGGAAGGAUUCAUCUGGCUCAGUGUCAGAAUGUCACCUUGGAAAAGAUGAGGGUGGGGCGUGGAACGAGACGCUCCCUAACACACCUAUAGAUGAGACGCCUCCUGGAGCAGAGGUUGCCGAAAAAAUCAAAAAGCGCUACCGGAAGAAGAAAACCAAACUGGAAGAAGCCUUUCCCACUUACCUACAGGAGGCGUUUUUUGGAAAGGACCUCCUGGACAAAAGCAAGCAGAGCAGGCAACAAGGGGUGGAGUCGGGCUUACUCGAAGAAGGGCAAAGCCAAGUUGAGAGGAAGCACCUUACCACCGGCUUCCUGGACUCAUCGUCAGACCCUCUGCUCAGUGCCCCUGCCGCAUCCCACCCUAACAGACCAGUUGUAGCACAGACUUCUGAGGAGCCAUUAGUUGAUCUAGCUGAUGUUUUCAAUACUGAUGCAGACAUCUUGGGAAUGCUCGGAAAGUCAAGCGGAGACUCUGGUCUUGAUUUUUGCCCCUUCCAGGUAGACAGCUCACCUCCUCCUUUUGCUGGUCUGGACAUGGGCCCCCUGACAGACUGUUCCUCAGUGACGCCUCAUUCUCAGGCUGGUCGUAGGACACCUCGAAGCCUUCCAGAAGAACCUUUGGAUGGCAUUCUCAGUCCAGAGUUGGACAAGAUGGUUACAGAUGAAUCAAUCCUCAGCAAACUUUACAAAAUCCCAGAACUAGAGGGAAAAGAUGUAGAGGAUCUUUUUACAGCAGUCCUUAGCCCGAGCACAAGUCAACCCCCACCGCCACAGUUGCCUCGCUCCCACGGUCCAGUGCCUCUUGCUACCACACCUGGCUCCAGCGUUCCUCAUCCCAACACAGGUAAUCCCAUGUUUCCCAGGAUGCCAUUGAUGAAUGGAAUCAUAGGACCAAGCCACCGUUUCCCUUCGAAUUCAGGAGCAGGGCCCUUAAUGCCGGAAAAUUUCGCCCCCCUCAACCGUAUGCCUUUUAGUGACAAUCCCAGGAAGUUUAAUCAAAUGCCUAGAGAAGCAGUUGGUCCAUGGCCGUCCCCUGCCCAUGGCCCUGGCCCCACACCCUCUGGCUCACUGCCCGAGGGGGAAACUGAAGCCAUGUCAAAUGCCCAACGUAGUACGCUUAAGUGGGAGAAGGAGGAGACGCUCGGGGAGCUUGCAACGGUAGCACCUGUCCUUUAUACCAACAUCAACUUCCCUAACCUCAAAGAGGAAUACCCAGACUGGUCCACCAGAGUAAAGCAAAUUGCAAAACUUUGGAGGAAAGCUAGUUCACAAGACAGGGCCCCAUAUGUGCAAAAGGCCAGAGAUAACCGAGCAGCCCUGCGCAUCAACAAAGUCCAGAUGUCGAAUGAGACAGUGAAGAGGCACCAUCCACAGCAUCCACAGCCCCCUGAGGUGUUUGAUCCCAACAUACCACUAGACACUGAACUGCUGUUUAAAGACCCUUUGAAACCAAAAGAGUCAGAGCAUGAACAAGAGUGGAAGUUUAGACAGCAAUUGAGGCAGAAAAGCAAACAGCAAGCAAAAAUUGAAGCUACUCAGAAACUGGAGCAAGUUAAGAACGAGCAACUGCAGCAGCAACAACAACAGAAUCAGCAGCACACCAACAUCCACGGUGAAGGAGAUGGCAACAACAGUGGGAACCAAAGCCCGGCCUCCCUGCCUAGCAAUGGAAGCACAUCCCCGAUACAGCAGCUGAAUGCUAAGGACAACUUUGCCAGGCCACAGUUACCAGGGACACCUACAUCAGGUCCUUCCGAUGAUGUGUUCUUACGACCACCUCCUCCUCCUCCAUCUGGCUCGUCAUCCCAACCUCAGUCCCCACAGGUUUUUUCACCAGGCUCUUCUGGCUCUAGACCAUCUUCUCCAUGGGACCCGUAUGGCAAGAUGGUAGGAACUCCAAGACCACCAACUCUGGGGCCAAAUGCCUGUCGAAGAAUGCCCAUAGAAUCUGGCAAAUCUCCCAACUCUUUGAUGGAACAGCAGGACCGAGGGAGGCCCUCUCCUGCCCAUGACAAUUUUGGCUCGCCAACAUCCAUGAGCAAUGAUCCUUAUUCUAAACCUCCUGACACGCCAAGGCCAUCUGGGGAAAUGGACCCUUUUCUGAAGCCCAUGGGGCCUCCGAGGUCCAGCCACGCUGCUCAGGGAAGACCCCCAAUGGGCUCGCCAGGCAGAGAUCCAUACUCUAGACCAAUGAUAAGAAACGAGGCCUAUCAACGCAUGGCCCAGAACAGGAUGAUAUUGUCCGACCCUUACUCAAGACCUUUACUGACACCAAUCCCUGGAAGCAAUGAGUCUGGCUCAGUACCCCUGUUCAAAACACCCAUGCCCCCACCACAGGCUCACGAUGCCUUAUACAGAGGAGGUCAGCAUCCUACAGACAGGUUUUCCCAGAAUCAACAAGCGGAUCCGUAUGCUCAGCCCACACAUACCCCUAGGACUUCUGGUAAUGACAACUUUACCAGUCCUCCUCGUAUGGGCCAACAUCACCCUCAAGCUCACUCAUUUGCCCAGCAAGGGCAAAUGUCUAGAAAUCCUUAUGCUCAUGCUCCUUCGACUCCGAGGCCAGACCAUUUCACAUAUGACCCAUUUGCUCAGCCUACAGGUAAUACUCGCUCUGUCAGUGAACCUGGUGCUCAACCGCGACCAUUCUUUGAGACAUAUGCCAGACCCCCUGGCACCCCACGUCCACAUGACAACUACAAUCCACCUUCAAACAUCCCAAGCCCAUCCUCUGACCCCUACUCGCAUGCUCUUGCCACCCCUCACCCCAGUGGGAUGAACCAGUUUUCUCAUCAGCCACACCCUGUCCAGAGGAUGUCACCUUCCCACUCUGUAGACCCUUAUUCUCAGCCACCUGGUACUCCACGACCCCCUGCAGUAGAGCGCUUUGCUAAGUCGCCAGGUAACCAGAGAGGACCUAUUGAGACAUUUACCGGUACACCUGGGCCAUCAAGACCAGGGAGUAGCGACAUGUUUUCCCAACCCGGAAACACCCGAUCAAUGAUGAAUGACCCCUACACCCAGGCGCCAGGAACACCACGUCCUGGACCAGAUGGGCUCAAUAGACAGGGGUUAAGACCUGGAUCUAUGGCAACUCAGGACCCCUUCUCUGCACCUCAAGGCAGGCUUCAGGAAACCUUUUCUCACUCUGGCUCACAAACACCCAAACAUCCUUGCAUACCGGAAGAUGGAUUUACACGGUCACCCUCCAGAAGACCUAGUCAAACACCUGGUCAUGACCCAUUUGAGCAAGCCCCUAUGACCCCUCGGCCACAGUCGGAGAAAAUGGAAAUUAAAGAUCAAUCAAGCCUGGGUAACAAUGCACUCCAAGACCCGAGUCAGCUUCCUAACAACCCCCAACUGCCUGCCAUAUCCUCUGAGGCUCAGGGUGUUGCCCUUGCUGAAAACGAGGAAAGGCUCAGACAGCGUCAACGAAUUCGAGAGCUCAUCUUGAAGCAGCAGCAACAAAGGAGUGCCAUUCGACAAGAGAGGUGCCCUCAGGAGCCUGUUGGCAACAUGGCUCCUGGAACACCAAGACCUUGGCCCCAGGAUGAUCAAGGGCAACAGGGGAACAUGUUUAACAGACCUCCACCACCUUACCCCGGACAAGGACCCAUAAGAGGGCCAAUGAGAUGUCCUGGACCUUUUCAAGCUGAUCCACGUGUUCCAUUCACGAAUGAAGGACAAAUGCUUAGGGGCCCACACCCUGGAGAUCCUAAUUUUAGACAUCAGGGACCAAGGUUUUCAUUUCCAGCUGGCGCUCUAGGACCUCAUCCACCCCAAGAAAUGUUUCCUCGUAGACAACAUCCAUUGCAGGAUGUUCCGCCUCAGAUGAGACGUUCCAUGUCUGACGAAAUGGCAAAGUCGAUUGGUGGUAAUCCAAUGGCAGUUCACCAGCAUUUUCCGCCACGCGGUAUGCCAGUUCAGCAGCAUAACAUCAUGGGCCAGCCCUUCAUUGAGCUUCGACACAGAGCAGCAGAAAACAGACCACGCAUGGCAUUCCCCAACAUGGAUCCCAACAUGCAUGCUCAAAGACCUACUGGCUUUCCAGGCACGCUCGACAACAGGUUUCCAUUAAUGCAGGGGCCCAGGAUGGUCGACCCAAUGACCAACCAGAGUGGCCACAUGCACUUUUCAACCAGCAUGGACAAUCUUCAUCAGCAAGCCCAAAUGUCAGAAAAUAUUCAGCUUAAACAGUCUCAUUUGAUGAGAUCCAUGAGCCAGCCUUCUCCAAAUGAGACCCAAAACAUAUCUACAUCCAUUAUCCUUUCUGCUCCCCCUGCUGGCCAGAAUGAGACUGUCUCAGUAGCCACAAGCGAAACUGGAGAGGAGAAACUGGAUGCCGAGGAAUCGGCAGUGAAAGACCUCGAAGAUGUAGAGGUGAAGGACUUGGUAGAUUCUGACUUGGAAAACCUUAAUUUAGAUCCUGAAGAUGGCAAAGAUCUGGAUCUUGAGACAAAUGACCUACACCUUGAUGACUUUUUGACAUCUGGGAAAUUUGACAUCAUUGCUUACACGGAUCCUGAUCUUGACGACAUUAAAAAAGACAUGUUUAAUGAAGAACUAGAUCUGAGUGAUCCUAUGGAUGAUAGUGCUGACACUGCAGAGAUGAACAAAAGUCUGGAUCCCAGUAAUACUGAAGCUUCAUCCAGUUCAGCAACCAUAUUGGAAAAAGCAGAUGUUACUGAUGAAAAACCGGCAGAAAUCAAACAUGACACUGCUGAGAGUCAGGAAUCUGUGGCUUUGGAAAUAAAAACAGAGGUCAAGGACUGUCAGAAAUCCCCAGAAGUCACUGGAACAAACCAAUCAAACCAACAAGGAGCCCUGUCUGACUCCACCCCUGUCCUCUCCAGUCUACUCAUUAAGCAGCAGCCUGAAGAGCAGCCAUUAAACCCAAUAGUUGAAUCUGUCACUCAAGGCACGAACACCCUGCCCAAGCAGAACCAAGUCACUGACAGUGAGCAUACACCAGUCCUUUCAGUGAGUCAAGCAAUGCCCGGCGGCACCGCUGCCGGAGAGUCGUCCAUGACAGCGUUUGACGCGGACCAACAAGUGGGGCUUGUCUCAGGAGUGGAUCAGCAGGUUUUAAACCAGGUCUUGGGUCAGAACAGCCAACACCGUCCUCUUCUGCUGGAGGAACAACCUCUGCUGUUGCAGGACCUCUUGGACCAGGAGAGGCAAGAGCAGCAGCAGCAGAGACAAAUGCAAGCCAUGAUACGACAGCGCUCCACUGACUCUUUCUUUCCUAACAUAGACUUUGAUGCCAUCACUGACCCAAUCAUGAAAGCCAAGAUGGUUGCCCUUAAAGGCAUCAACAAAGUCAUGGUUCAGAACAACAUCGGAAUGUCUCCAAUAGUUAUGAACAGGUUUCCACCUGGUCCUGUAGCACCUUGUCCUGAAAGCACACCACUUCCCCCACAAGUUUUAGGACAGGAUGGCAAAUUAACACAAGUAACACGACCAAAUCCUCCCAAUUUUGGUCCUGGAUUUGUUAACAACGCUCAAAGGGCACAGUAUGAAGAGUGGCUGCAGGAAACUCAGCAACUACUUCAAAUGCAGCAGAAGUUUCUGGAGGAGAAGAUCGGAGCUCACAGGAAGUCAAAGAAAGCUUUGUCUGCCAAGCAAAGAACAGCAAAGAAGGCAGGGAGAGAGUUCCCAGAGGAGGAUGCAGAGCAGCUCAAGCAUGUCACAGAGCAACAGGGUGUUGUGCAGAAAGAACUGGAACAGAUCCGAAAACAACAGAAGGAGCAUGCUGAACUCAUAGAAGAAUACCGGAUGAAACAGCAACAAAACAACAUGACACCCUUAAUUCCUGGGAUGCAUCCAGCGCCGGGUCCUGCUGGCAUGGUUCCCAGUGGGCCGCCAAUAGUCCAGCCUCAGGUGAACCCCAUUAUGCAAAUGCCACUUCAUACUGGCCCGCCAAACGCUGCUCCAAGAAUGCCCAACCCGCCACCACCGGGCUGGCACCCUGGGGCUCCCAUUCCCAUGGGCGGACCUGGAAUGCCACCUAUAAUGCCCCCUCAAGUGCACGUGGGACAUCCAGCACAGCCUCAUCAGAUGCCAAUGGGUAACGUGCUUCAGCACUCCCAAAUGCCAGUGGAGCCACAAGUGCCACCAGCACCUCAAGGGUCUGUCAAACCCAUGCAAGCAGGCGGUGUGAAGUUUGAUGACAACAAUCCAUUCAGCGAGGGUUUCCAGGAGCGGGAAAGGCGUGAGAGGCUCAGGGAACAGCAGGAGAGACAGCGGGUGCAGCUCAUGCAGGAGGUUGAACGGCAGAGAGCCCUCAAACACCGCAUGGAAAUGGAGCAGCAAGGUAUGAUGGGUCCAGAUGGGAACAUGGCGCCGCUCUCUCAGAUGCCGUUCUUUAACUCGGAGCUACCGCCGGACUUCAUACAGCCCCAGAGGCCUCUUGUACAGCAGCAGCAACAGCUUGGACCGAUGUUCCCUCAGCCGCAGGCCAUGGGCUCAUCAACUGGGGUCUUUAUGCAAGGUGAAAGGAGGCCUACGAUGGGAAAUGGGAUAAUGCCUCCAGAAAUGGGGCCUGAUCAUCUCGGGCUACAAGCAUCUAACUUUCCACAGGGUCAGCCCAGGCCUCGUCCGUUUAGUGGACCAGGCAUGAUGCUUCAGAUGCCAGGCGAAUGCCCACCAUUUGGGGGCGACCAAGCUACACCUCUUCCGUCUAACUUUCCUGGCUCAGGCCAAUCUUUAAUCCAGCUGUACUCCAACAUCAUCCCAGAUGAGAAAGGGAAAAAGAAGAGAAACCGCAAAAAGAAGAAGGACGACGAUACAGAUUCUGUCAAAACGCCUUCGACUCCUCACUCGGAUCUCACUGCCCCACUCACGCCGAGCAUCUCAGACACCUCGUCAACGCCAACCAGGAACCCCCAUCUCUUUGGAGACCAAGACCUGUCAAGAUCACCCCUUGGGUGUUCUACUCCAAGUAAUUCUGAGCUAGAGAGACAACUUUCUGGAGGGCAUUCUGGACAAAGUGGACUUGCCCUGGAUGCAGCGAGAGCUCAGGCUCAGGAGCACGACAGGAUUCUCAGCAACAUCAAGCUGGAGCAGACUGACGCCAGUGAGUGUCACGGCUCAAGAGAAGGGCCUGUCAGUUCAGAGAUGAGCUCUGUGAAGGAGGAAGGCAGCAAAGGGAGCAUGUCUCCUUUCCCUUUAGGUCAAAUACCAAACAAGGGUGAAGCUGGCAAUGAACUACUGAAACACCUUCUGAAGAACAAGAGUACCACUCCACCAAGGUUCUCCCAGCAGCAGUCAGAGGAGAGCCUGCGAUCAGAGGAGGAGGAACCUGCUGACUGCAAAGCCCUGCUCAGGCAAAGCUCUGUGGACAGCAAUGGGGCGUAUUCUGAUGGCACACUAGACAUUCAAGGGCCUCUAAUGCACGAGCAGGAGAAGAAAAAAGGCAGGAAUAAAAGAACCCCAAAAGGAGGAGAGAAACCUCCAUCUCGCUACAAGAAAAGGAAGAAGGAAGGUGAUGAGAGGCAACUGGUGCACCCUGACACCGUCAUGACCCAAAUCAAACAGCAACUCUCUUUGCUCCCCCUCAUGGAGCCCCUUAUUGGUGUCAACUUUGCCCACUUUGCUCCCUACGGAAGCGGCCAGCUCAACGGCGAGAACCUCCUAUCUGGUACUUUUGGCAGUGCCUCGCUGGAUGGAGUGUCUGACUAUUACUCGCAGCUGGCCUACAAGCAGAGUAACCUGAGUAAUCCACCAACCCCUCCGGCAUCGCUGCCUCCCACGCCACCACCUGUGAAUAGGCAGAAAAUUAUCAAUGGUUUUGCCACAACAGAAGAGUUGGCUAGCAAAGCAGCUGCCAUGGUGUCAAAAAGCCUUGUACCAAAGCCGUUGCAUGUCCCGUUUAGGACUGAAGAAGAUCUACUAGCCCGGGCCAUUGCCCAGGGACCCAAAACAGUGGAUGUCCCCGCCUCCCUUCCUACCCCUCCACACAACAACCAGGAGGAGCUAAGUAACCGAGGACAGGAGCUUUGCAAAGAAAGGGACACACCUGACAGUUUUGUUCCAUCCUCAUCCCCCGAGAGCGUGGUUGGCAUGGAAAUCAGUCGUUAUCCAGACCUGUCACUGGUGAAGCAAGAGCCGCCUUCCCCCUGCCUCUCCCCUGUUCUCCCCAUGCUCCCUGCGCCGGAUGGCAAAGCAUCAGAGGUCAAAUUGCGGGAGAUAAAGACGGAAAUUUCAGGAACAUUCUUUGGAUCCCCUUUUGGCCCCAUGUCUAAUGAUGCUAAACCAGGGCUGGUUUCUGUAGCCAUCACGUUGAGGCCGGCUGCAGCAGAGAACAUCACUGGUGUGGUGGCAGCCAUUUCCGAGCUGCUGUGUGUCAAGAUUCCUAGCAGCUACGAGGUCAGUAGCACCCCAGACCGGGGGCCCAUCCCAAUGCUAGCUUGCCCUCGGCUGGACAUUCGCCCUCCCAUGCCUUUUUAUGGACAAGGAGACAAUGGAGGCCUUCAUGGUCGGCCUGGACAGAUGAUCAGGCCCAGUGCUCCACAGGGAAUGAUGCAACAGCACUCGCAUCAUUUUCGCUUCCAUCCCAACAGUCCAGGCUCUGCUGUGGCUCGAGGACCCGACCGGCGAACUCCUGGCAGCCCUGGAUGUAAACCUCAGUGGUGCCGCAACUGUAAAGUUGUUGUUCUGGGCAAUGGAGUGCUGAAAUCCCUCAAAGAUCUCCCGUCUCAAAUGAAGGAACCUGAAGGCCGUUUCAAAGAUGAACUGGUCUUCUGCAGUCAGAACUGCUUCCUACUCUACUGCUCCUCGUCACCAGUGCGGUCCAGAUUUUCCACAGAAUCAAAGGAAUCACUGAGCCUUCUCUCGGCCUCAGAUCAGACGGAGGGCUUUUCUAAAGCCCAGCACCAGUACAACAACAACAUGUCCUCAAUGGAUGUUCAUUGUCUAGCCCAGCUUGAGCCCAAACACUCUCCCCCAUCCACCUCUCCAAUCCGCUUCCCCAUGGCUGGUGAGACACCUAAGAUGGAAACAAAGUCUGACGCCAUCAAAGUGACCGUAAAGCUAAAAGCCCGGCCAAGAUCCCACGAGAGCUGGCACCAGGUAAAGAGACAAAAGGGUCUUCGUUGGAGGAAGUGGACUGUCCAGAUUGUGAUGCCAAGAGGAAACUCUCAGCUCCCAGAUGAAGAUAAGAUUGAUGACCUCUUGAAGAAACUUGGUGCCUCCUUAAGGCCCCCUGCAUCAUUGCGGGAUCACCGGCGAUGUUGUUUCUGCCACCAGUUUGGAGACGGAAUGACCGAUGGUCCUGCUCGGUUGCUUAAUCUUGACCUGGAUGCUUGGGUGCAUCUCAACUGUGCCCUGUGGUCCACAGAGGUGUACGAGACACAAGCCGGCGCCCUCAUCAACGUGGAGCUCGCCCUCCGUCGUGGCCAAACGGUGCGCUGUGUCUACUGCCAGCAGAUUGGCGCCACAAGCGGCUGCCAUCGCUUGCGCUGUACCAACGUCUACCAUUUCACGUGUGCCCUGCAAGCUCACUGCACCUUCUUCAAAGACAAGACUAUGCUAUGUCAUGCACACAGGCCGCGUGGCACAGCUGGGCUUGCGCUGGAGCACGAGCUACGCUGCUUCGCCGUCUUUCGCCGCGUCUACGUCCAGAGAGAUGAAGUGCGUCAGAUGGCCACAGCUGUGCAGCAGCCUGAGUUGGGCUACACCUUGAGAAUAGGGAGCCUUGUGCUUCAUGCCAUCGGCCAACUCAUCCCCGUACAAAUGGCAGCCUUCCACUCCUCAACCGCCAUCUUUCCAGUCGGCUAUGAGGCUUGUCGUAUUUACUGGAGCAUGCGCCAUGGCAAUCGCCGUUGCCGAUAUGUCUGCGCUGUCGAGGAAAAAGAAGGACAACCAGAGUUUACCAUCAGAGUUAUUGAACAGGGCUAUCAAGAUCUGGUCCUGACUGACUCAUCUGCAAAGGGAGUGUGGGAUAAGGUUCUUGGUCCUGUUGCUGAAAGAAGGAAUGAAUCAGGAACACUGAAGCUCUUCCCAGUGUACCUUAAAGGAGAGGACCUGUUUGGGUUAACAGCAUCAGCUGUUGUCAGGAUCACUGAAUCGCUCCCUGGAGUGGAGGCUUGUGACAGGUACUCAUUCCGUUAUGGACGCAACCAUCUAGUGGCACUGCCUCUCGUGUUUAAUCCGGCCGGCAGUGCCAGGGCCCAGCCUAGAACCAUUUCUUCUCGCACCUCACUGGUCAUCAGGCCGCAGCCUCAAGCUGUUUCUGGAGGCAGCGCCAGGUCUAACCAGAAUGUGGCUCAGGGAGAAGGCGGCGCCCCCCACAACAAGCCUCCGGUAGUGCACCCGAGAUCGUCUCAGUAUCGGUGGAUGAAGAGCGAAUGGCGAGCCAACGUCUAUCUGGCUCGCUCCCGCAUUCAAGGUCUAGGUCUGUUUGCUGCUCGAGACAUGGAGAAACAAACAAUGGUGAUUGAGUACACUGGAACCGUUCUCCGAAACGAGGUUGCCAUCAGGAAGGAUAAGGCCUAUAGAUCUCAGAAUCGAGCGGUGUUCAUGUUCCGCAUCGACAGCGAGCACAUUGUCGAUGCAACUAGAACAGGAGGGCUCGCAAGGUACAUCAAUCACUCUUGUGCCCCAAACUGCGUCGCUGAGGUGGUAACGUUUGAAAGGGGUUACAAAAUCAUCAUCAGCUGCAUUCGACGUGUUGAAAAAGGAGAGGAGUUGUUUUUCGACCACCAUUUCGACCCCGUCUGCGGGGGCGGGCACAAGGUCGCCUGCCACUGCGGAGCGCCGGAAUGCCGGAAAUGGAUCAACUGAAGGAAAAAACGGAGGAGGCUGACAAACCCUAAACGCAUUCCCCUGCUUCCAGUGUUUGGAUGUGACCGACUUCACACGGAAGAGGUUUUGGCUCAUUAGUGGUACACAGUAGCAGGACGCGACUUGUGCCAUAUGUGGGAGUGAGGCUGUAAUAAGCCCCGCCUCUUUGCUCUACCUGUAAGUGUGUGUCUGGUGUGGACUUCACCAACGAAUGAGAAAGCACUGUGUGGGGUGCGGCCUUAUUGCUUACUAAGGGCAGGCCCUUUGUGUGUGUGUGUGUGUGCGUGUGUGUGUGUGUGCGCCUGCGUGUCAUAAUGUACGACUAAAUGUAGACAUCACUGAAUGAGGAAUGUACAGCAAUGAAUACUGCGAAGGGAAUAUUAACUUGCACUAAAAAAACAAAAAUGAAAAACCGACAAAAAAAACCCACACAGACACACAAAAAACGUAAAAAAUACUUGAUUCCAUGAGUCAGUUUUAUCAUUGUCAUGUGACGUGUGUGGAGAGGUUUUGUAUUUAUUACUGCGUGAAUGGAUUUUAUUCUUCAAACCACGAGCUGAAGAAGGCGAGAUCACUGACAACAGAAGACAUGCUGUUACCUUUUUUUGUAUAAAAUGUACAUAAAGAAAAGUAUAGGAAUAACCGACCAAAUACUACCUUAACCUUCUCGAUGUUGGGUGUUACAUUUGUUCUCCCCCUCCCCCGUUCUGUUCGUCAUUGAAAUUUAUUUAAGAUGGAGCGUUAUUUCUGUUUUUGAGAGUAUAUAUUAUGAUUAUUCUGUACAGAAUUUGUAAUAUAACCACAAUAAUUCACAAAGUAUUUUUGUUGUAAGAGUAAGGUAUUGUAGCUGUAGUGUUUUUGUGACUCACACGUCCUUUAACCACUCGCCGAGAGAAGACUAUUUUUGUUGACUAACCUAACCAAUGAUCGAUUACCGAAUCCGAGAAGGAACUCGUCAAGUAAGUGUGCUGUUAAUCAGGUUUGAUUUUAAACAACUGUGAAUGAAGUUUUAAACACCCCCUAAAAAACUACUUUUUAACACAAAUAGGAGCACCGACGUAUAUUAGCUGUUGUUUUAAUGUUGCUUUUAAACAGCGUCUAAUCAUGAUGAGUUAGACAGGUGUGUGUGUGUGUGUGUGUGUGUGUGUGUGUGUGUGUGUGUGUGUGUGUGUGUGUGUGUGUGUGUGUGUGUGUGUGUGUGUGUGUGUGUGUGUGUGUGUGUGUGUGUGUGUGUGUGUGUGUGUGUGUGUCAGAAAGAAUCACGGGGGAAUUUUUACAUCCGUCGCUCGUCUUUCUCUUUGGAUAAAAAACAUGUCUUUAUCCAGAACUAUUUCUUAUACGGACACGUCACAAGUCACAUGCGUAGAAACGGAAGAGUUUUUUGCGUGCACAAUUUGAAGUCGACUGUAAAAAAAAAACAAUUUUGGAGACAGUCUUAGAACUUGUAAUGUAUAUGGCAUGUAUUUUUUUAACUUUCCGAAGGCUCAAUUGUAUAUAUUUUCUCAAUGAAUGGUUGUAACAAAAUUGUUUCUUGACUAUUUUUCUUCUCUUGUAUAUGACAUCAUCCUGCCAGUGUGUUUGUGCUACAUUUCCUUGGUCGUGUAAAGUAGUCCCGUUUUGUUUAUUUUUCUUUUCUUUUCCCCUCCCUUUUUUUCUGUUUUUUGAAAAUGCCUUUUGAAGUGUACAGAGUAUGGGGUUUGGAGUUUGUGGAAUUGAAUUUAGAAACAUUUACAAAAAUAAACUAUUUUACAUGUUAA